AUGCGCGCUGUCGACCCAACUUACCCUUUCUAUCCCAUCGCCUGCAUCCUCGCUUCGUCUAUGCUCAUUCUAGUCCUUUCGACUAGUCUCUUACGCCAGAAGUGGAAUCUAGGCGUCACCUUCUUGUGUUUCUGGUUGUUUUUUGAGAAUCUUUGCGGGGCAGUAGACGCCAUCGUAUGGUCCGACAAUGCCAACCUGAGAUUGUACGUAUGGUGCGACAUUGUGACGCACUUGUCGAAUAUCACAUUUAUGAUUAAACCUCUGUCAACAUUCAUCAUCAUCCGCCGGCUUUACUUGAUCGCAAGCAUCCAGUCAGUGGAACUGCUUACAAAAGCAGAGAGGCGAUGGGACCUGGCAGUAGAGUGGACUCUGGGUCUGGUCCUGCCCAUCCUCGUGGCUGGUCCCAUAUACUACGUAAACCAGGGUGCUCGAUUUGCCAUUUACGAGGGAUUUGGGUGCCAGUCUACCAAAGACGCGUCAAUCCUGGUUGUCUUGAUUGAAGACUCUUGGACCGUCAUCUUUCCUCUGGUAUCCGUGGUAUUCUACUAUCCAAAAGUGGCAAAAACAUACUAUCGUCAGAGGAGAGACAUCAACAGCUUCCUGCGCAGCGACCACUCGGUCUCGCGCACGAACUAUCUUCGCAUUCUCAUUCUCGCCAGUCUCGACAUUUUGCUCACGUUACCCAUCAGCACCGUGACCAUUGCUUUGGACAUAGCAGGGGCACUAUCCGCUCUCGGUUUCCCAUUUUAUCCAGGUUGGAGUCUUAUACACUCCAGAUGGGAGCCCGUAAGCUUUUCCUACGCCCAACUGCAAGCCUUUGGGACUUCCGAGCUUGCUCUGUUGUACUUUUCUCACUGGACCUCUCCUGUACUCGCAUUCGCCAUCUUUGGACUCUUUGGAAUGACGUCCGAAGCCCGCACGUCCUACUCCAACGUCAUCUGGACGGUCGGAGGCUGGUUCGGUUGGAAGCCCUCUCAGCGGGGGCGAAACGGACAAGCAUCUCUAGGAGAAAUAGAGUUUGGCUCGCGGCCGCAGGCGGCGGACGCCUCAGGAUUCGAUCUCGAGAUCGGGUCACGCCCCCCUAGCUUCAUCAAUGCAGGUGCCCCAUCUACGAAACAGGAAGUCCCAGCCGUCGGUUCCACUCAAGCAUGUAAUUGA